AUUCGUUGAAAUAUUUUGUACGAGAAAACAUGGGUGAAUGGGAUACUGGCAACAGUAAGAAAGGAGCGUUGUACAAAAACCUCAAUCAAGAUGAUCUGAAGCGUUUGUCAAUCAUUUUUAAGGAAGCCAAGGAACAAAAAUUCACAAUCAAUGAGUUAGAAGAGGUGUUAAAGCCGUUCGAUAUAACAUUCUCGCCUGAUCAAAUGAAAUCGCUAUUUUUAAAAAUUAAUACGACCCGUGACGAUCAUUGUGAUUUUGAUGAAUUUGUGUCGCACUUGAUCUACGAAUUCCAAUGCGAUGAUCCAAAUAAUCAGAAGGAAAGUCUGAAUUUACCGAUUGUGGAUAAACCUGUAGUGCGUGAGAGCCAUCAUCGAUUUUUAAUCAUACGAAUAAGGCUCAGUCCAGUAAUCUUACCAGAUCGAAGCGUAAACUACACUCAUGCGAAUUACAUAACUGUCAGCAAGGACGGUACAAUAAACUUUUGGACUCAAGAUUUAAAACUGCAGAAAACCGAAAUAUCGAAAAACUCAAAUCUAAUCGUUGCCAAAACGUGGAUAUUGGACCUUAUAUGCAUGCCCGAUGUGUCGGUAAUAUGCACCAGUUCCAUCGAGAAUGAUCUCCGUUUCUAUGAUGUUGCUGGCAAAAAUUUCCUUCUGAAGAUUAUAAUAACCGAUCUACCGUCGUCAAUCAGCACGAUGAAUUAUUGGUUCGGGAAAACGUCCGAAGUUGAUUCGAAAAUUAUACUCGGAGAUUUGGUGGGAAAUUUAGUGUUGAUAGAAUUCAAUCCCGAAAUGAGAGGACCAUUUCGAAGUACAUCUGGGGUUUCAGUAGGCAGAACAACGUGGAAAGAAUUUUGUGAGGGAGUCAUACCAGAGUUUCGCAUUUCAACAUUCCCGAAAAAGCACAAAGACAUGAUACGCCAGGUAGACUAUUGUGAACAAUUAAACUGCAUGAUAUCUGCAGCUGAGUGCCGUGAAAUACAAAUUGGUGAAAGACCUGCUCCAGGUCUUGUGUUGACCGAUCUCGGUGUUCAACGAAAGGAGACGAUAAUGCGAAUGUUGCGGGGUGUAUCUUGCUUUGCAUACAACGCAUCCUCAGAAAUAAUCGCGACGGGAGGUCCUGAUUGUGUUUUAAGACUCUGGGUGCCGACUUUACCCCACAGACCAGUGGCACUGUUACACGGUCAUAAUUUCGGCAUCACCUACGUUUUCUUUCAAGAUUCUGGUCAGCGAAUAUACUCGAUUGAUAGUGGAAAAGUGAUGAAGGUGUGGGCACAGAGUGAAGAGAUUCUACAAACCUACAUUCUAGUGUCCACUACAUUGACUGACAUGAAUCCAGCAACUCAUUUGUACAACGACAACACUAGAGAGGUGCUAUUCGCAAAUAUGAAAAUCGUAACGGUCAAAUGUUGUCCGCGAUUGAAUUUGAAGAAAACCGACGGCUACACACAUUCGCAACCAGUUUCCGUGCUAUUGUACAAUACCCUUUUCAAAACGAUCGUUUCUUGUGGCUUCGACAGUUGCAUUAUAGUGUGGGAGCCGUGGACGGGAAAGAGACAAAGGUUAAUCAAAUCAGCUCACACGAGAAUGUUUUGCGGAGAAAUUUUGAAUGUGGAAAUCACCGCUGGUUGUUUUGACUUGAGGGAACUGUACUUACUUACCGGUGCCAGAAAUGGAACGUUGAAGAUGUGGAAUUUGAAAGACGGCAUUUGUUUGCGUAAUUUAUCAAUCGAAUAUAUGUGCGAAGUAACAGCAGUAUUUUGGUUGGAUCAAAAAAUAUUAGCCGUUGGCUGGAAUAACCAUUUCGUUGAAUUUCCGGACACCCACGAGAACGAUGUGAGUGGUGAAUCGAAUUGGAUGACAUGUCACACUGACGACGUUUUUGCUGCAGCAGUCCGGAAUCCAGAGGUCAUCGUAUCGGGUAGUUAUAUCGGUUCGAUAUGUUUCUGGAAUUUACGAACUGGACAACCUUUCCGUCGGUGUGUUACGACGAAUCCAUCGAUGACAGUAAAAAUCGAACAGUUCGAUAAGCAGAAACAAGAGAAACAACAGCCGUUCAAGCGCCGUAAAUCGGACACAAGCGGAGGCUUUUUGGAAAAAGGGGCAUCUCGCUCUGCAUCAGUUAUGGCUGGCUCAACGAAUGAUCGAAGGAGAACUCUCCGUUCAAGAAGAGUUUCAGUAGUUCAAAUGCCAUCGAAAUUGCAAGCAUUUCGUUCGGAAACGGUUCAUGCAAUGCUGUUCCUAUUGACCAGACCAUCACUACCGAAAGUCGGAAAUCUCUUUGUGGCGAUCGAAAAUGGACGAGUUCAAGUUUUUUCCGAUCACAUUGCUGGCGGUUUUAUAGACAGUUUCAAUGCGAUUCAUAUGGCUGGUGAUUGUGUGAUUUCAAUGGCCACUGAUUCGGAGAACCGUUACUUGAUCACUGGAACUGCCAUGGGUUACAUCAAAACUUGGCUAGUUUGUAAUUAUUGUGUUCAAAAAACGCACGUUGUUCACAUAAACAUGCCGAAAUUACGACUGGAAUUUCCAUUCCUAAUGAAAACACCCUGGGAUGGCCGAGCGAAACGAACAGUCAGGAAUCGCCGUGAGUCAGAUCCAUUGCUUGUAAACUCGUACAAAGCUCACAAAAAUAUGUCCGUCAAAGGAUUGGUGUACAUUAACGAUUGUAAAUUGGUAGUGAGUUGCAGCACUGACCAUUCGGUGCGUAUUUGGACAAUGUCAGGAAGGUACAUUGGCACAUUGGGAUCUCCAAUUAAUUGGGAAAAAUUGUCGUCAACUGAACAACCUGGUGAAGACUUCAAUUAUCGAAUUCCGCCGGAUAUUAAACGGAUCGCUAGCUCAACGACGUUGCAGGUUCUCAAAGGUGGAAAUGUCUCCCAUCCGUUGCAUGAUUUGAUUGCAAUGAAAAAGCAAAUGAAAGCAGAACAGGCAAGAAAUGAAGAAGAUGAGAAGAAUAGCGCUGCUGGCACUGUUAGCAAUAAUAAUGUCACUCACAGUGGGGGAUUCGCUGAACCAUUCACAGGAACCAUUCCGUUUGAGCUGACAUGGAGUCAACCGAAUAUUGUUAAAAGCAAAAUUUCAGGACCAUUAGCUUCCUAUCAACCCUUCAUACCCGCACUGAACUAUAAACUGGAUGAACUAAUUUCGAAACCGGACGAACCGGCUGUCUUAACGAAUAGGAAAGAUGCAAAUUCUCUUGGCAAUUCGUGAAACUACAAAUGAAGCGUCUUUAUU